GUUUUUAAAUCUCGCAUUAUGUCACGUGACUGCAUUUAAGUAGGUUUCCAACAUAUAUUUUCAAUUUUGUAACACUGACAGUUGAGUAAGAUCAUCAUGAGAAGCACUUAAGAGAGCGAUACAGCACAAUGGACGAGAAGAAAAGACGUGGUGUUGACAGACAGUUUAGUAGCAGAGAUGCUGAUUUCGGUGUUUUUCAGCCAAUGGAUGGCCCUUCAAACUCGUAUCCCAGCUACUCAGAUUGGACACCCUUCAGCGGACUGUCUCACCCUCCUCCAAGUAACGAUGCCUAUGGGUGGGAUUCGUUCGUCACACCUCCUACCUCACCAGCCACCUUUUCCCCAGAAAUAAACAGUGCUAAUUACUUUGCAGAGUUUGAAAAGAUGAUGUCGUCAAUCGGGAAACCAAACAAUACUAAUUUUGAUUCUUGCGCCGAUGACACAGAGAAACUUGCCAGCACACCUCUGGCUCAGUCCUUGUUUGAAGCAUUGAGCGCUCAAUCUUCUAUGAUGGGACCAAUGUCAGCUCCAUUGAUAACUGGACAAACUCAGAUGGACUUUGGUAGUGUGAGCCAAGAUGGAUAUGAAAUUUAUGCAGAAGCUUUGAAGAAGCUAGCUUUAAGUUCCUCGUACGAUUCCUACGAUCAAUUUUGCGACACAGAACCUUUUGAUCCAUCUCCUACUCUUAGCCCUUCUCCGAAAGAAUUGAUACUGGAAGAUACUGGAAACAAUAGCACAAAGCCAAGCUAUUCCGAGGUAGCUAAGAUUUUAAAGAGUAGCCCAGCCUCAGACAAAGGUAAAGAAGAAACUGGGUCAUCAGUGCGUGGAUCGUCUGAGAGUCACGCUUCAAGGUCUUUUAAAGGAACCAAAAAGUUUGUGCCAAGGCCUGUUAGAGGCCGGAACAACAGUGUCCCUGGCGAUGUACGACCAUCCAUUUCACCAGAUUCUAAAUAUGGAUUGGAUGACUUUGGAGAUGUUGGUAAAAGGGCUGAGAAGGAAGAAUUUACUGCUGGAUUGACUGGGAUUCAUCUUACAAGAAAAAACAGCACAAGCAGUCUUAGCAGUGGAACAAGCGGUAUUGAGGAAAUUCAUCUAAUGUCAAAUAACAGCAACAAUAUCUGUGACAGUGAAAUUCCCAAGUUUGAAAAGAUAAGUAACAAGGAGAAGGAAAGAGACGAAAAGGCGAAAAAUGACAUGAAAACUGAAUCGCCCAAGCCGUUCUUCGAUGCUAAAAGGAUAUUUGAGACAAAAGAUACUAACAAAAGACAGCAAAGUCAGAAAAAAGUUGCUGAUGAAGAUAGUCCACCAUUGUUGAAUAACGGCAAGCCCUCUGUUUCAGAGUGGUCGGCAAAUUUGACACACAAGAAGUCUACACACUACAUCAAUAACAACCUGCGGGAUUCGCACAAGAAAACGAAUCAGAACCCAUCAUCUGACUGCAAGGAAACACGACCUGAGAGUUUGUAUCCAGAGCCAUCUGGGAAGAGUGAAAAAUCGACAAAAUCAAGAACAGGGUCCUCGAAAGUGAGGGAAUCUGCCGCAAAGUCGGACAUGCCAUUGCAGACAAACUUUGACCAUGAGUUGAUAGAUGAAUGGGUGAGCUCUCUGUAUGAGAAGGGCAAGCUGUGCCUGAACCAGCUAUGGACUCUGCUGUUGAUGGUCGUACUGCUGCUCUUCAGCAUCGUAGUAUACCUGGUGUCGGGAACCAUCCACAUCUGCAGCUGGUUGUGGGUGAAGCUGUGGACUUUCCUUGAGAAGCGUGUGUUCAAGGGCAAGAUGUUCGGGGCACACGGCUGGGGCAAGGGGCAGCCUGAGCCCAUGAGAAAGGUCGGGCUCGAGGAAAAUAUAGCACUGCCUUCAACUGGUGAUGAAGCCAUGCAGCGACUUCUUGCCUGUAAAGGAAAGGACCCUUAUAGUAUACUAGGCCUUAAAGCCACUGCCACUGAUGAUGAUAUUAAAAAGUAUUACAGACGUCAGGCUGUACUUGUUCAUCCAGAUAAGAACCAACAAGCCGGUGCGGAAGAAGCUUUCAAGAUUCUAGGCCACGCCUUCGACCUCAUUGGAGAUGCUAGUAAACGCCAGGCAUAUAACAGACAACUACAGGAGGCCAAAGAAGCUGAGGCUGCCAUGCACGAGUUUAACGACCUACUGACAAAGCUGCAGGAGAAGCUGUUCCAGGCCAGUAACAUGAUGCGGUGUGACAACUGUGGUGGCAAGCACAAGAGGGUUCCUGUGGAGAGGCCGUGGUACAGCGCCCGCUACUGCAACCGCUGUUCCAUCAGGCAUUCUGCUAAAGAGGGUGAUGUGUGGGCUGAAACCUCUAUGCUGGGCUUUCUUUGGCAUUAUUACGCCUGCAUGGAAGGAAAAGUAUACGAUAUCACAGAGUGGGUCGCCUGUAAGAGGGACUUCUUUAAGCACAUGCAGGCCAAUGCUCAUCACGUAUUUUACCGAAUCGCUACUGAGGGAAACCGCGGUGGUCACCAUACCAACAGAAAUAGUGGCAACAAUGCAAACUCGGAGGCAGAUCUAGAGGACUUCAUCAGUCACUUGUUCCACCAGGCCAUGAACGAGGGGGGCGGGGCAGGAAGUGGCCCUGGGGCAGCCCCUGGUACCCAGUCCUGGCAGCCCUCGCAGCCUAACAGUUCCCGACCCUGGCCCUCACAGACUCAAACCUCUGACACUGCUGGGAAACGGCGCAAGAAAAAACGAAAGCACUGAUUCUCCAUGAUAUUAGCUGCCCUCUUUUUACUUCUGGACCUAGAAAUGAGCGCUUUGUGUAAAUUACCACUUGCUGAUCAUUUUAUGUGACGUUAAAUUUUUCAAAAAGCUAAUUUGAUGUGGAUAACUGUAAGAACUGAUUUUACUUAUUUACUCUUUAAGAAAUGAAAGUAAUAAUGUUUUGGAGUCUAAUUUAAUAUGAGUUUUUUUAAUAUCAUUGUUAUAAUUUAGAGGUUAGAGUCUCAGUUUUCUGCUCAUUCUUACUAAAGAAUUCUGUAUAAAUAUCACGAAUGAGGUGAUACGUAUUUUGGGCUCAGUGUAAUUGGUGUAGGCUCAGUUUGAUGGUCAGUCCCUAUAGCAUAAUGGCAAUUCAUUCUGAUAUUGGCCAUUGCUAAAGAAAUACUGAUACUGGAUGUAAAUACCUACUUUUUAGCUCAUCUGAGCACAAAGUGCUCAUAGGGAGCUUUAAGGAUAUCGUUAUGCUCUUGGUCAGUCAGUAACUGUUGUUAGUGCAUGCAUAAACUUUGUCUUCAAACAACUUCCCCUCCUGAAUGCCUUAGCCCAAUUUUAACAAAACUCAUUAGGAAUGAACAUUUGUUGACCCUCUUUUAAAGUUGUUCAAAUGUUUCAGGUCUGUUGCAUAUGUAAGUAAAAAUAGAGCAAAAAUAGAUUUACAAAAUUAAAACAUAUCAAAAUUUCUUCUCUGAAACCACAAGGGUCAGGAGUUUCUUAUUUUGUAUGUAACUUCUUCUAGCGGUCCUCUAGUAAGUUUGUGCAAAUCAAUGCCAAAUGGGUUAACAAUGACCACGUAUUUGAGAUUCACAUGAUUCAAGAAGGGCAGUUGUCAGUUACUGACAUAUGGGCCUUGUUCUGAGAAAACUGGGCAUAAUGCAUGUGCGUAAAGUGUCAUCCCAGAUUAGCCUGUGCAGUUUGCACAGCGUGAGUAUUUUUAAUAUCAUUGUUAUAAUUGAGAGGUUAGAGUCUCAGUUUUCUGCUCAUUCUUACUAAAGAAUUCUGUAUCCUUGAAACUAAAAAUACCAUAAAAGUGGAAAGUGUCGUCCCUGAUUAGCCUGUGCAGACUGCGCAGGCUUAUCUGGGACGACACUUUACGCACAUGUUUUAAGCCCAGUUUUCUCAGAACAUGGCUCAUAUGUAUUUGCACUUAGUACUGGAAAGAUGUGAGUUGGUAAACUGACUGCUUUGAUAUGACUAAAUACAAUUGAAAACAAUACCCCUUCCAAAUAAAAAAAACACCACAACAACACAACAUCAAAAACAAAGAACAUUAACAAAACAACAGUUCCUAUAUGUUUCAUGUGAGGCCCUUGGGCCUAUUUGUUAAAUUAACUGGCAUGGCAUUGUACCGAUAUUAUUUACGCUUGAGUUAAUCUGGCUCUCUGAAAUAACAAAAUUUAUGACUGCUUACAAUCAUGAAAUGAUUGACUUCAUCAUAAUCAUCAUUAUACAAUAUGUAUUAUUCUGAUUAGCCAAAUAAUUAAUGGACAUUGCUUGUUCAGAUGUAAUUAGCCAAUAUUAUUGGUCUGUUAAUUCUUUUGUGUAUUCUUAUUCAUGGUUGUGUCAUAUUUUCUCAAAUAUUAUUUUGGUUAUGGCAAAAAAAACUUUCAUAUGGGCAGAUUGUUAUAUUCAUUACAUGUUAAUAUACUAAAUCAAUCACUCAAGAAUUUUGGCUCGUGAUGAAGAGUUGUUGUAAUCAAUGCAAUACUGUAUUUCAAUAUGUUUUUUAUCACUGGAGUAAUCAUAAUGUUGUGUCGUUUUGAUGUCCCAAUUAUCUAAAUAAUCUUGAUAUAAAAUGCAUAAAUAGACUGGAUAUUUUUCUAUAUAUAAGCCUGACAUUUAGGAAUGUAUGCAGUUGAAUGGUAAAUGGUCAACGUCUGUCUACUUUACUUUUGUCAUUAUAGACACUAAUCCAUACAGUUCAUCUUUCACUGUAGUCGUACUUGCUUAUUAUUAAUUUGACUAGCUUUAGUAUAAACUACCAUUGUAUUCGCUUUCGAUUUAUCGAUGUUAGAUCAGACUUUGGCUAUGUUUGCCAUUUAUUGUUUCCCACUUAAAUGUUCGUCUGAUAAUGUGCAAAUUUGUGUGUGUGUGUUUCUUUGAAACCAUUUCUGGCAAUUAAUAUGUUGCUUUUGUCAAAUAGGUGUUUAACAGAUAGUGACAACUGGGUAAAAACCGUCGUAUCUGUAGGUACAAACAACACUCACUCUUUUAUCCACCAAGGCCAGUGGUAUGCAGAUUCUUACAGAUGAAUAAGUAUGUUAUUUUGAAAGUCUUAAAUGUGUCCACUUUGUUUGUACCUACAUGAGGUUUUUUUAAAUAAAAUAUUCAAAACAAUAUUCAGGAGUAAGUCAUUUGACAUGACCCUUAUUUGAAUUCAUGAAAAAUUACAUUUUCAUAAAACAUUCGUAUGGCAAGUGUUUAAAAACAUUCACCAACUAAAUAGUGAUUAUAAUUUAAGGGUAAACUUAUGCUUCUACAGUUUUAAUGUUGUUCUAAGAACAGUUAUUAUACUCUGUACUAUUAAAUAGUCUUAAUAGAAAAUACACUGAACAUAUCUUCGAUUUUGAUUUUUUUUGCCUUAGAAAGCAAAGAUAUUUCUUACAGUCCCUACAUGAAUAUGUUGAACAUACUUUUCUUCUGUAGUAAAACUUUUUGUUGUUGUAUUUUUGCUUUAAAUGUGCUAUAUAUUGUCAGUGAACAAAUGUUUGUGUUUGUGUAUCAAUACAAAUAAUAAUAAAUUGUUCCAAAAAUGAUGACUCAAUGAAAACAUUGAGAUAUUUCCUGGAAAUGACGCAAAAGUUAUUUUGGGAGCUUCAAGUAGUCACUAUUUGUUUGAUUAAGUUAUGCAGGUUGUUUUAAUGCUGACGCCCUUACAACUUUUUAUUCUUUCAUUGGUAUAUUUGAUAGUUGUGUAAAGAUUCAGAUUACUGGUUAUGCGAGGGAAAAUUCUUAUUCAUACAUGUAGUAGGUAUAGACGUUACAUGACAUUAUUGAACAUGACAAGGUUAUUCAAAAGUACAUAAGCCAACUUAGUCCAUCAUUAACAAGCUGUCAUCUUUAUUAUGCCCCUCUUCGAAGAAGAGGGGGCAUAUUGUUUUGCACAUGUCGGUCUGUCAGUCGGUCCGUCCAUCAGAUGGUUUCCGGAUGAUAACUCAAGAACGCUUAGGCCUAGGAUCAUGAAACUUCAUAGGUACAUUGAUCAUGACUCGCAGAUGACCCCUAUUGAUUUUGAGGUCACAAGGUCAUAGGUCAAUGUCAUGGUGACCCGAAAUAGUAAAAUGGUUUCCGGAUGAUAAUUUAAGAACGCUUAUGCCUAGGAUCAUGAAACUUCAUAGGUACAUUGAUCAUGACUCGCAGUUGACCCCUAUUGAUUUUCAGGUCACUAGGUCAAAGGUCAAGGUCACGGUGACCCGAAAUAGUAAAAUGGUUUCCGGAUGAUAACUCAAGAACGCUUAUGCCUAGGAUCAUGAAACUUCAUAGGUAUAUUGAUUGUGACUCUCAGGUGACCUCUAUUGAUUUUCAGGUCACUAGGUUAAAGGUCAAGGUCAGGGUGACCCGAAAUAUUUAAUGGUUGCCGGAUGAUAACUCAAGAACGCUUAUGCAUAGGAUCAUGAAAUUUCAUAGGUACAUUGAUCAUGACUAGCAGAUGACCCCUAUUGAUUUUCAGGCCACUAGGUCAAAGGUCAAGGUCAUUUGAAAAAAAAGUUAUGAGCUAUUGUCAUCACCUUGGCGUCGGUGUCCGGUUAAGUUUUGUGUUUAGGUCCACUUUUCUCAUAAAGUAUCAAAGCUAUUGCAUUCAAACUUGGUACACUUACUAUCAUGAGGGAAAUGGGCAGGCAAAGUAAGAUAACUCUGGCGUGCGUUUUCACAGAGUUAUGUGCCCUUUUUAUACUUAGAAAAUUGAAAAUUUGGUUAAGAAAAACGAUACUUUUUGCGAGCCAAAAAAAAAACCUGCCUCGGAUCAUGGAACUUCAUAGG